AUGUCAAGUUUUGCAUUUAUUUUUGAUAUAAUUUUUUCAUGUAUCAUAACACUUAUAUUUCUUUAUCGUUGUGGUAAUUAUCGUCGACAACAUCCAAUAACAACUAGUGCUGUAUUUAUUGCAUGGUUUUUUUCAGUUCUUAUAGUUUUUAUUCUUCCACUUGAUAUUUCAUUGGCGACUUAUCGAGAUUGUUUGUCACAUGCAGCAGCAACAGUAAAGCCAUUAAUUAAUGGUUCAAUUGAUAACAAGUCACCAAAUAAUGUAUGUCCUCAACCAUGGUCCUAUGUUGAUCCGCACUCAUAUGUAGUUUUAUGGCGUAUUGUCUAUUGGACAUCACAAGUUCUUACUUGGCUUAUUUUACCAUUAAUGCAAUCAUUUUGUGAAACAGGAGAAUUUUCUAUUAAAGGAAAAAUUCAAUAUGCUAUUAAAGCAAAUUUAAUUUUUUAUGGAACACUUUUACUUAUAUUUAUUAUUCUUAUUAUUUAUGUAGCAACUAAAGUGACAUUAAAUUCAUCAAAUUUUACGGCAACAAUAGUAGCAGCAAGUACAACUUGGGGCCUUUUUCUUCUUGUUUUAAUGCUUGGUUAUGGUCUUGUUGAAGUCCCAUUAAAUAUAUAUAAUCAUUCUAGAACAGUAUAUAUGCUUGCACAUACACAAUUCAAAUUAGCUAAAAUUUACAAUGAAAAAAUUAAUGUGGAAGAACGUUUAGAUUCUCUUGUUGAUGAUGUUACAAAAUUUUGUAUGGAAAUAAAAAGUGAUGAUCCUUUAAGACGUGAGCUUGAACAAAUAAUUAAAAUCGUUCCUGAACAAUAUUCAAAUCGGAUUAAAUUAACAAUGGAAGAUUAUGAAAAUAAUCGAAUAGCAGUAACAAAUCGUUUUCCUGAUUCAGAAACAGAAAAACAAUUAAUUAAAUUACAUGAACGUUUAAAAAAAUACAUACAUGUUCAUCAUCGUGUCCAAGUAUUAUGGACAAGAACGAUUAAUGAAGCUUUUUAUUUAGAAGAUAUUCUUAACAAUGAAAAAAAUUCUAAUCAUGAAUUUAUUAAACAAAAUCCAUAUCCACCAUCAUGGUUACGAAAGAAAUUAUUUGAUCAACAUUCUAAAUUAGAAUGGUAUACAUACUGUCUCAUACGCCCAUGGGCACUGCGUCUUGCCGGCAUCAUACUUGGUAUCCUAUCAAUAUUAGUUAUUUGGUCUGAAAUGACAUUUUUCAGUACCAAACCAGUUUUAUCCAUCUUUGCUCAAUGUGUAAAUACUGCUCGAAAUCAUUAUUCUUAUUUUACUAUGGAAGUAUUUUGUUGUUUAAGUAUUGCAUAUUUAUGUUUUUGUGCAUAUUAUACAAUAUUCCAUAUUCGAGUAUUAGAUUAUUUUUACUUAUCACUUUAUCAUUUAACAGAUGAAAAUAGUUUAAUAUUUGCUGCAACAUUUUUAUGUCGUUUAACAGCUCCUUUAAGUUACAAUUUUCUUGGUAUGAUACAUUUAGAUCAAGCCAUUACAAAUAAAACCGAUCAUGAAGAAACAAUUUUUACAUUAAUAAUGGGCCAUUUAACUGCAAUACCGAUUGUAUCACUUGGUUUUAAUUUUUAUUUUCCUAUGUUAAUAUUAUUAUUAAGUAUUGGAACUUAUUUUCGACUUGGUUCAAGAUGUUUACAUGCAUGUGAACGUCGAAGUUAUGGUGGUGCCAACGACUUAUCUAACACAACAACAGCUUCACAACGUCGAGACAGAAGAAGAGAGUUAGAAGUAAAAUAUGGAAUUCGGUCAACAUCAGCUAUGACAGGAAAUAAUUUUUAUUGUCAAAAUGUAAAUAGUUUAGAAACUCGUCCAUUACAAUCAAGUGAUAAUGAUGAUGAACCUUUGUUAAAUCCAUUACCUAACACGGCAGCUCGUUCAGGUAAAUAA